AUGGAGGUAUCUUGCAUUGACGAUGAUCAAUGUGUCUAUUACGAAGCGGAGGACAUCAACUCCAUUUGUUUAAAUGGCAUUUGCCAUUGCCACAACAACAAAACGAAUAUGAAGACCUUCUGCAAACCGAAGACUCUCCGUAGAAAUAAUAUAAUCGGCGGGAACUGUCCAUGUAAAAUACCAGAUGCCAAAUGUAAUCUACUGGAAAAUAUCUGUUAUUGCAUAGAGGAUUAUGUGCCCACGAAGGACCGAAGGCGGUGUAUUCCAAAGGAAGUACCAUUAGGUGAAAUAUGCGCGACGGACGAACAAUGUCUCGCCUCGAGCAUUUUCAGUCACUGUGCCAAUAAUACGAACCGUUGCACCUGUAAUGAUGACUUUCAGAGGAAAGGUACCACCUGCCUGGCGAAAACUGCUCCGAAAGUGCUUGGACUCAAGUGCACUGUUGAAAAUAACUGCACAGAACAUGGAUCGCACAAGAUUUGUUUACAAGACAUUGAUGAGUGUGUAUGCGAACAAGGCUAUGUACGCGCUAACGACUCAAAAGAUUGUCUACCAGGAAAAAGAAUUGGAGAGAAUUGCGUCGUUACGCAGCAAUGCAAUAUAAAGAUGGGACCCGGAGCUGUGUGUGAAGAUGGCAAGUGCCGCUGUGAGGAGGAAUAUGCGGUGGUAAAGAAGCAAAGUGAUGCCAGUCCUAAGGAAUUAAUUUGCGAGCGCUUAGUGCAAAUUGGUCAAUAUUGUAGUCACCACGGACACUGUCACAAUGGACAUCUCAUCGAGAAGGAGCAGUUGUUGCAAUGCGAACACGGUGAAUGUGUCUGUCGUUUUGGCAAUAAAAAUCAAGAGCCUUGCAGUACCUCCAUGGCCAAUAGAGUAAUGGCAUACAAUAUUUGUUCAUGGCUGAUGUUGGCGGCAGCAGUUUUGCAUUGCCUUACGUUGGGAUGUGGAUUUAGAAAAUAUUGAAAGUUUACAAAUGUAUAUGAAAGAAAAAUUUACUAUUUCGUUGAAUUUAUUAUGUUAUAUAUUUCUUGUUACUGUUAAGCGAUUACAUACAAUGAAUUUUUGAGGUGAAUAUAUUUGAAAGAUAACCACAAAAUUUGCUUAUUUCAAAUUUGUUGGGCAUUCCUUGGAUGCUUCCUAAAGGGCAUUUUAUUCGAUAAUAACGCUC